AUGACUGAUGAUGAAGUUGUAGUUGGUGCAGUUUUCAAACAUUCAUCUGCAUACGAAGAAAACAAUAUUCAUUCUAAUGGUACUCCUAUCAACAAGUAUAUUAAGGAAAAGAGUGUUUCUGUUGAAGGUGACAAUAUUAAUGUUGUUAAUCUUGAUGCAGUGACACCGACAACAACUUCACUGAAACGGCCUAUUGAGAUUGUUCCACCACUGAAUCGUUGA